UUUGCAAGUUGGAGGAGUUCCCAAUGUCUUGGAAGUUCGUAACGCUGUUCAUCCUUGAGAUUUUAGUCGCAGUAGAAGCGGAUGAGGUCUGUCUGCAACUGUCACCGUCCCCGGAGCUGGAAAAGUUCGUCGACGUUCUUCCAACGCCACCGAAGAUAUACUUGAGCCCACGCUACAGAGUUACCAUUGGAGCUUACAAAAUCACCCAGAAACUGCACAGAGACUUGCCACCAACAACACUGUAUGCAUUCGGCACGAGCGAGUAUACAGCUUCUUUUCCGGGUCCAACUUUGAUAGCCCAAAAGAGAGAAACAUCCUUUGUCCGAUGGGAAAAUCACAAUCCAGAUCGUGAACACUUUCUUCCAGUCGACUAUACGAUCCUAGGGGCGGGUCCGCACUACGGCUACAUUCCCGUGGUCCCUCAUCUCCAUGGACAAGAGGGCUUGAGCUGGUCCGAUGGGCAUCCAGAAGCCUGGUUUACAUCAGUUGGCGAGCGGGGCCCAGGUUACGUGACGCAAAACUACGUCUAUCCGAACUUUCAGCGCCACUCGCUCCUGUGGUAUCACGACCACACUUACGGCAUGACCUGGCUCAACAUGGCUGCUGGCUUGGUCGGACUUUACGUGAUAGAGUCGCCGUGGGAAGAUCCAUCCUGGGUCCCGAGAAACUACGUGCUUCUGGUGAUCCAAGACAAGCAGUUCUUCAGCAACAGCUCCAUAAAUUAUCCCAGUGUUGGGAGCAAUCCGGCAGUUCAUCCGCAGUGGUGUCCGGACUACUUUGGUGAUACCAUUCCGGUGAAGGGGAAGGUGUGGCCUUAG